AACUGCUCCGCUCGGAUACGGUGUGCAACGGCGCCACUUCAGCGUUGAGUGAACGGGUUUUGGUCCGGAGGAGGAGGAGGAGGAGGGUGGUGUUGGUGUUCGGGUCCGCGUAUUCGUCGUUUAGCCUCGCCCGUACGCCGCGCGGCGUGCUGUGUACCGACCCGAGGGGGGAAAGUAGCGCGUUCACAAGUGACAUUUGUUGCGCACCCGUCCCGUCAUGGAGCUGCACGCAGGCGACUUUGAUCGAAACCGAGGCGGUCCCGCGGAGCUCGCCACGGAAAGCUCGGCGCGACACUGAGAAGGUUCUACAGCCUAUAAGAGGAUCAAGAAAGGAUGGCCUGCAGACCUCAGAUUUGAUUUUGGAAGGAGGGGUGUGUGCUCCCCACCCUCCGCCUUUUCCUUUGGGAUUUAUGUUUCCUCCCAAGUACCUCGGUUCACACAAUUAAACAAAGAAAUUCCCAACUAGCCAGAGGCUGUGUACAUGGCACAAGCAACAGCCAAUAACCCUCUGUUUUUGUGCUCUGCUUGAGAAAAAGAUUGAGAGCUCAGACUCCCAAGAUUUGUUUUGACUUAUUACUAUGAGCCUUCCUCCUCAACAUAAAGUAAGUUCUGAUAAGAGUAGUAAACACAGUGCUGCAGCCAUGAAGGAGCCUCUGCAGCAUCCCGGAGAGGUUUAUUAUGGCAUGGGACCUCCAGUGGUAGAGCCAGGCCACAGUGAUUCCGGUAGCACCUCCGGCGUUUAUAACCAAGAAAAAGGCCCUCAAAGUCGACUCCAAUAUCAGCAGGCUGCCCCAGUGAAGUGGAUGCACCAGGAGCCCAUACAGCCCUCUGGCUGGUCUCAAGAAGUUUCUGUACCAGGAUGGGGGCAGAACUUCGUCCCCUACAUGGGUGGGCCAAACAUCAGGGGUCAGAUGGCAUUCCAUAAAGGGGGACAAAAUGUCGGAGCUCUGCAGAUGGGGGGAGAAAAUCAACAGACAGGAUCUGUGGAGGCUUACAGAGAAAGCCCCCAAGCUCAGACUCAAGCCCAGGCGAGGGGUCUCGAGUGGGAGCAGCAUGCUGCUACUGCUGCAAUGCAUCAGGCCCAGCUCCAAGCCUAUCAGCAGGGCCAUAAAGGCGUUGACAUCCAGGGUCAGCCCCACGCCCCUCCUCAAGCCAUGCCUGGGUCUGUGCUGCAGCCUUUCCAGGCAACAUUUAAGACCGCCAAACAGCAGUUUCCAUCUGGGUAUUACCCCGUGUUCCAGGGCCACAAGGCGAUACCCAGCCUCGGAUACAGUGAGCAGCCUAAAACCCAACAGCAACUGCUGCACCAGAUGCAGCAGCAACAAAUGCACCACCAUCAGCAGCAACAGCUGCGUCAACAGCACCAUCAUCAACUACAGCAGCAGCAUUUGCAACAGCAACAGCACCAAAUGCAACAACGUCAGAUCCACCAGCAGCAGCAACUGCAGCAAAUGCAACAACAGUAUCACCAACAUCAGCUACAAGAGCGAAGGCAACAAAUCCAUCAAAUGCAACAGCAGCUACAACCACAGCCGAAUGUAUCACAGCCAGAGGUGUCACAGCUACAGGUGCACCAAAAACAGCUUCACACACAAAACUUCAUGGCCUAUGAACCUGCUGAACCCUGUCCGUCUGACCCGUCAGUGAGCAAUCUGGGACAGCAACAGGAAGCAGAGAUCCAAGCCGAUGAUCCACCAGCCUCGUCCAUUCCAUGCUCUGAAAAGGUCUCUUCAGAUCCCAUGCAGUCUGAGAAUGCAGCGGUGGUCGUCCCUCGACGCUCACGCCGCCUCUCUAGGGAGGGGCUAUCCCCAGUGGCCCCCCCGCCCACCAUCCCUUGUUCACAAGCCUCCAAAGAGACCCCGCCAUCCCAAAAUGGAGUAGCAGAAGCAGAGGCGGUGAGAACGGGGGAAGCCCAGGUGACAACAGGAGGGGUCAUUCAUAGCACCCGCCGAAGGAGGAGGGCAUCUAAGGAGAUCAACCUGGAGACUUUAGCCCAGAAGGCAUCGGAAAUGGAGUCCCUGCCUGCUAAAGUUGUUAAGCAGGAAGAUGGUCCUCAGGGCCGACAGGCGGGCAUGGUGCCCCUGGUCAUCCCCGUGUCUGUGCCGGUAUGUGGGAGUCAGACAGAUCCGCUCCGAGCUUGGCCUCAGGAGCAGGGAGGUCCGAGUGAGGAGCAGCCAAACCAGCCCAACCAUAAGCCUUCUGUCAUUGUGGCUCGGCGCCGCUCUCUUCGAAGCUCCAUGUCUGAGAGCUUUGGCCAGGAUGGGGAGACUUGUCCAGGACAGGAUGAGGAGGGAAAAUCCAAAUCGAAGAGGCGACCCCGUCCUGAGCCCCUCUUCAUCCCUCCUCCAAAACCAUCCACGUUCAUCGCUCCAUCAGUCUACUCCAGCAUAACUUCGUACCAGAGCCACCUGCGCUCCCCGGUCCGUCUACCAGACAACCCCCUCACCCUGCCCCCGUAUACUCCUCCACCCAUUCUUUCCCCUGUGCGAGAGGGCUCGGGGCUCUAUUUCUCCACCUUCCUGUCCAACAUUGCUGCGAGCAACCAGAGCCUGCCACCGCCGGCUACACCAAAGUCUGCCUCCCGCAGCCUCCUGCGGUCCAGCAGUUCAGACAUCACCCCCCCAGUCCUGCCUCUCAUCACUGAUGCCACACCGGUCAGCCUUGAGCCACGGAUCAACAUUGGGCAGCAGUACCAGGCUGAGGUUCCAGAGCUGAGGGAGUGUUGUGCGGCCCAGGUUGAUCAACACAAGGCUGACCUGGUUUGGCUCCCCAUGGACGAGUCCCAGCUCAAACAUGGAGACCAGGACCGCACAAAGGAUAUGAUGAACUUGGCUUGUUCCAGUGUGUUCCGUGGUGGAGGCACCAAUCAGGAGCUGGUUUUACACUGUUUACAUCAAUAUGGAGGCAAUAUCCUUGAGACUCUGAACUGUUUGAUGCUCGAGGACACCAUCAUACCCAAAGAUCAUCACCUGACAGAUUAUCACUAUUCAGGCUCAGACCGCUGGACUGCGGCAGAGAAGUGCUACUUCAACAAAGGUAUCUCCGCCUACAGGAAGGACUUCUUCAGGGUACAGAAACUGGUGCGGACCAAGACGGUGGCUCAGUGUGUGGAAUUUUACUACACGUAUAAAAAGCAGGUGAAGAUCGGCCGCAAUGGGACUCUGACCUAUGGACCUCCAGACUCCUUCAUGGACAAGGGCUCAGAGGCCGUGGUGGACAUUAAGAGUUCUCAGCGAUCAAAAAUGAAUCAAGGAGAGGGGGAAAGGGGCGACAAGCUGGAGCAAGAUUUAUUCGACCAGGGCCAAGACGAAAGCCUGGCGAGGGUCGCUCAGUCGCUGCAGGCUCACGACUACGCAGCAACGGUGUUGGUGCUCCAAGAGAAGGAUGUGGGCAAUAGGCAGAUUUACACUCAGUCGAUACUGCCCCCGGGCUCGGGCAAGCCUGUCCCCGAGCCUGCAGGAAAGAAGAGCAGAGCCCCUCCGAAAGCCUCGCAGGACCCCGAGGGAGUCUUUCCCUGCAAGAAGUGCAGCAGGGUGUUUUAUAAGGUGAAGAGUCGCAGUGCUCAUAUGAAGAGUCACGCCGAGCAGGAGAAGAAGGCUGCAGCUCAGCGCCAGAGAGAGGAGGAGGAGGAGGUGCGGAAAGCAGCCGCCGCCGAAGCUCAGGUGAAGAAGGCAGCGGUGGCGGCAGCAAUGGCGGCAGGGGCUCAGGCUGGGAAUGGAUCCGGAGGGACAGAACAGGCAGAGGUCAGCAGCCAGGGGGAGUCCUCUGAGGGAGAGGAUGAAGAUGAUGAUGACUGGCAAUGAGAGAUGGAAAGAACAAAAACAAAAAACAGAUGAGAUGACGGACAAAGGGAAGGGUAGAGAGUAAAAUGAGGAUGGAGAAGAAAGCGGGGCAGAUUACAUGAGCGGUGCAGAUAGAAAGAGCAAAAGUUGCAGAAAAAAAGACAACAGCCUGAACACAAUGGGUUUUUUUUUUUUUCCUGCAGCGAGCUUUCAGUCUUCCUGUUUAUCCUUCACACUCCUGAGCUGGCUCCAUGUGGUUUUCACCAUCAGAUGACUUGUGCUGGCCCGAGAAUCACACUCCACAUAUUUAGGGACGAUUUCUACCGUUUAACUUUUAAAAGUCUAUUUGUUUAUAAAUGCUCUUAUACUGUAUGCUACCGAUAUGGCUGUUGUUUUUUUUUAUAUCUUAUUUAAUUCAAUAUAUCAAACUAUUGUUCUUUUUUUAUUUUGUGGACUCACAUAAAUUGUUCUUUUGUGAUAUUUUAUAAGAACAUAUAAUCAUAGGAUGUCUGUGUCACAAUAUUACACCAAUAUCAAAGUCUUCCAAUUAAUGCCAGCAGCCUUUUUUUUUUUAAUUAGAGAUUGUAUAACAAUUUGUAUAAUUUUUUUUUUCCUGAAAGAAAAUAUUAUGGUGAAUUUUACAGAUGGUCAUCAGAUUUUUGUUUUUUCUAGGUUGGUUGCACGCUUAUUUUUCAAUUAAGGGACCUUUUUAAAAUGAAUGUGACUUGUGUAUAAAAAGUAUAUACAAAAAUUCCAUAUAUUUAUGAUAAUUUUACAACAUUUUUGGUAAUAUAAAAAAAUGAAUCAUGUCAAAUUCUUUUUGAUUUGUGAAUUGAAAAGUAUAUUAAAUAGAAAUUU